AUGACCAGCAUCGCUGGAUUUAGAUUAAAAUAUAAGAAGAUUCAAAAGCCCCCGGGGCCCUCGGAGGCAGCAGGGGCAGCAGAAAGGAGGGAAACAAUCUCCAACCUGCAGCUGAUACAGGCGAGGAAAGAGAAGAAGAAGGUAGAUUCUAAGCCCAAGAACUUAGAUGAUCAAGAGAUUCCUUUCCGACUUCAGGAAAUUAUGAAAAGUCGCCAAGAGAUGAAAAAACAUAUCAGCAAAAAGAAAAGAAAAGAAGCCCAAGUGACAUUCAGGCAGAAGUUUGAAAAGGAAGCAAUGGGAUCCCUGUCAGAUGUUCCAGUUCCCAAAUUCAAGCAGGGAAAAAAGGAUAUAGCAUAUGUCCACCGAAUGGAACAAGAGGCCCAGCACGUGAUCUUCCUCAGUGAGAACCAGGUGGAACGGAAACCAGAAAAGGAAGAAACAUCUCAGCAAAAGAAAUAGAAAUCUCAGCGGAAGAAAGGGUUCCAGCAUCGACGUUUGGAUAAAGUUAGACAGCAGAAAGAGGAAAAGGCAAUAGCCAACCUGGAAAAAGAACUAUUUCGAGACUCUGUGAAAUUUGGUGAGGUUGUCCUUCAGCCCCCAGAACUGACAGCAAAACCAAGGAAGAGCAUCAGCAGUGACAAGCUUGGCAAGAAAUCCCUGUUGCUGACAAGCCUCCUGGCCCCUGGCAGUGCCCCCCAGCCCUCAGCCGUCUCAUUGGCUCGACAACGGAUUGUGGCAGAGGAGAGAGAGCAUGUUGUGCAGGCCUACAGGGAGCUAAAGAAAUUCAAGCAGCAACAGUUAGAGCAAAGGCAAAUCUUUAACCAAACUGAGAGGAAGCCAAAGAAACCAGCCUGAGUAAGAGCCCCAGGAAUCUGUGGGACUUGACAUUGGUGUCCAGGAAUAACAGGGAUGACUUUUCCUGGUCAGGACAGAACUUAAGCCUGCUUGGUCUCCUUUUUCUCCCUAGAAAAACUACAUCUUAGGAGAUAGGAAAUUAUAGGUAUCCCUUCUACAUCAAGACUUUCCCCAUCACAGUUUGAAAACAUCAAAGAUCAACAAGAUAAAUUAAAGGGGAAUCUGGGAGGAGUUUUGCAAGUCACAGAUGACAGUGAAGGCCAACAGACAAUACAGAAAAAAUUCAGAAAUAUAUAAAGCAUGUGUAUAGUAUUACAUAACAUCAACAUAUUGACCAAAUAUUUAGCCCAGAUUUUAUAAUAAGGUACCAUAAACACCCUAUAAAAGAAAAAAGAAAAACUUUCUUCUCUGAUAUAAAGGGAGGGCCAAAAAACUUUAUGUGGAUUUUCCAGAUGACAGGAGCACCAAAUCUCUAAAUCCCACAAUGUAGAAGGGAUAGGUACUUCUUCAUGGCGCAAAGUGAUUCUUAACAACACAGAUGCAACACAUAGUAUCAGGGUGCAAAUCUUCACCUUUUCUGGGGACGGAAAGCUCUUAAGUGGUCCCUGGCUUAAUUCCCACAGUUUAUGCUAUGGCUUUGAUUACCUCUACCAAGAGAAAUGAUAGGCUGCUGGUGCUACAGCCCAAAG